UAGUACACUUAACUCAUGAAAAUAAACCCGUUUGCAAAACAUGUCACAGUGAAGCGCCAUCAUAGAAACGCGGAGUUAUAAUUGUUGUCUAAAACCGUAUGUACGAUUGUCAUAAGGAAACAUGGAACACUUUGAUGUUGAUCUGUUAUUAAAAUUUUGUUUAAUCAGUAUAAUAACAGUAAAUUGUAACGGCGCACCGCCACAAGACUCGUACCAAAGUCAAAUACCUACAUACGGAUUGUAUAAUGCCAGUGAUAAUGUGGUUAUCUUAAACGUCACUAAUUUUAAGUCGUCUAUCUACGGAGACACCAAAGGAUGGUUAGUCGAAUUUUAUAAUAGUUGGUGCGGCUUUUGCUUCCGAUUUGCACCAUUAUGGAAAGCUUUCGCUAAUGAUGUUUACGCAUGGAGAGAUAUUGUAGCCAUCGCUGCCAUAGAUUGUGCAGAUGAUGACAAUAACCCAAUUUGUCGGGAAUAUGAAAUUAUGCAUUAUCCAAUGCUUAAAUAUUUUUCUGUAAAUGCUCAUCCAUCAUCAUUAGGAUUGUUGAUGGAAAAAUAUGAUAAUGUGAAUGAGCUUAGAUAUAAUUUAAUUGAUUUGUUGGAAAAAGAACAGCAAGAAGGACGCGGUACUUCAUGGCCUAAUAUUACACCAUACAGAAAUUAUGAAACCACAAAUAUUUGGAAAGCUGUACAAAAUAGUGUAAAAUAUUUCUUUUUACUAUUCGAAAAGACAGAUUCGCAUUUGGGUGCAGAAGUUAUAUUAGAUACAUAUAAGAUUCCUUCACUGCAAAUAAGAAGAGUAACAUCUGAUAAUGAAUUAUUAUGCGAGUCAAAUAAAAUUACCAAUUUUCCAAGGUUGAUAGUUUUUAAUCGUAAUGACACACAAAAAUCUAUUAAAAUCAGAAUACCCACAAGGGAAGGCACUUAUAACACUAUUAAAGAAUACAUGAUUUCGAAAGGAGAACAUAUAGAAGAGCAUGUUCUUACGAAAAAUCAGUCUGCAGAAAUUGGAAAUCAUAAAUUAAGUAUUAGUGCUCCAAAGCAGUCCCAUGAAACGGAAAAACCAGAAAAUACAGAGAUAACUGGUGAUCACUUGUAUCAGUUAGAUUUAGAGAAUACUUUGAGAUAUUCAAUUAGUCAUGAAAUUCCAUUACAUAAAGUAAUAAAAGACGAAAAGAUGGAUGCAUUACAAAAGUAUCUGAGUGUGUUAGCUGAAUGCUUUCCUCUAAGACACAGCAAUAUCUUCUUAGAAAUUAUUCGCGAUAUAGUUAAAAGAAGAAGUAAUAUAUCUGGAGAGGAAUUUAGUCAAAUAGUAAAAUCUACAGAAGAAGAAAUGUCACCUGUAUAUUCAGGGCCCUCGCAGUGGGUUGGAUGCAAAGGAAGCAAGGAAGGAUAUCGUGGAUACACUUGCGGUCUUUGGACAAUGUUUCAUAUGCUUACAGUCAAUUUUGCUAUUAAACACAAAGAUACCGAACACGAACCAAGAAAAAUACUAGAAGCAAUGCAUGGAUACAUCAAACAGUUCUUUGGAUGCGCGGAUUGCUCUGAACAUUUUAUAGAAAUGGCUGCAAAAAAGAAAAUGUUCGAUGUAUCUAAUACGAACGAUAGCAUACUAUGGUUAUGGUCAGCUCAUAAUGAAGUAAAUGCAAGAUUGUCUGGCGACGGUACAGAAGACCCUAAACACAAAAAGAUUCAAUAUCCGGCAGCAAAGCAUUGUCCAAAUUGCAGAUACGAAAAUGGUACUUGGAAUGAAGAAAACAUUUUACAUUAUCUUAAAACAAAGUAUUCCUAUAAAGGAAUCAAUUAUUAUGGCUCGACUAACAAACAUAAGGAUAAUGGUGAUAAAAUGAAAAUAAGACAGGAAAGACUUGUAUUGAAUAAAUACUCAAAUAGUAAAAAGUUUGGAUGGGAUUUUACAAUUUUUGACAUAAGUAUUUGUGUUGUAUUAUAUGCUACAUCUACUCUCAUACUUAUAUUAGGCUGUGUAAAGUUUGCUGUGAAAAGGACCUACAGAAAAAGAGCGUACGUUAACUUACUUGGGAAAGUAUGA